CAGCUUUGUAAUGUUUUUCGAUCUCAUGACAUGGAAAUUGACCAGUGUUUGCUGGAGUCCCUUCCAUUGGGGCAGCGCCAGCGCCUGGUGAGACGUAUGCGCUGUGAGCAGAUUAAGGUCUAUUAUGAAAGAGAAAAGGCUUUGCAAAAACAAGAUGCUUAUAAGAGAAAAAGCAAGCAGAGAAAAAAUUAUAAAGUUCAUUUCCAGCUCCCUGAGAAGAUACAAGACGCAAUAAUCCACCAUGAUGACAAAGAAGUUUUGCAAUUACUAAAGGAUGGAGCUGAUCCGCAUACACUUAUCACUUCGGGGGGAUGUCUACUUCAUCUGUGUGCACGGUAUGAUAAUGCAUUUGCAGCAGAAAUCCUCAUUGACCGUGGGGUUAACGUAAAUCACCAAGAUGAAGAAUUCUGGACUCCUAUGCAUGUUGCUUGUGCAUGUGAAAACCCUGAUAUUGUCCUUCUGCUGCUAUUUUCGGGGGCAAAUGUUCUUUUGCAAGAUGUGAACGGCAAUAUAUCUCUUGACUAUGCCAGCGAAGGAACUGAAUCCAACUCAAUCCUUUUAACUUAUUUAGAAGAAAAUGGUGUUGACCUAACCUCCCUACAACAGAUAAGGACUCAGAGAGCAGCCGUGAUGUUAUCUGAUGUGAAGCAGCUGCUAGCAGCUGGUGGAAGUGUUAAUGAGAAAAACGAUGAUGGAGUUACGCUUCUUCACAUUGCCUCAGCGUGUGGUUUUAAGGAAGUGACUAGUCAGUUACUAGAGCACAAUGCGGACCCAGAUGCUAUAGAUAACCUGUACUGGACUCCACUUCAUUUAGCUGCAAAAUAUGGACAGACAAAUAUUGUGAAAAUUCUCCUUGUGCAUCAAGCAAAUCCCAACAUUCUCAACUGUAAUGGAGAUAAGCCUUCAGACAUAGCUGCGACAGAAUUCAUACAAGACAUGCUGCUAAAAGCUGAAGAUCUCUCAGAAGAGAAAAACAAAAACCCCUCAUAUUUUCCAGUGUUCCCGGAUGAACAGUAUGAAGAGAUCUUACAUGACCUUCCUUUGGCAGCCAGUAAGCUGCGUCCAUUGGCGUUACCAAUUUCUAAGCAAGACAGUUUGCUGGAGAAAGACACAAUGUUCAAAGAUUCAGGAAAGGUUUUAGGCAAGCUUUACUCUCAAGAAAAUGCCUCCGAAAAAAAUACAGUAAAUAGCUCUACACAACUGGAAAAGAUCAAGUUAAUGCCUGCUGCCCCGAACGAUGACUUGGCAACGCUCAGUGAGCUCACAGACAGUAGCCUGUUGUAUGAGAUUCAGAAGCGGUUCAAUAAUAACCAGAUAUAUACCUACAUUGGGAAUAUUUUGCUGCUAGUUAACCCUUACAAAGAUCUCCCAAUCUACUCCUCACUGGUUACUCAGUUAUACCAUAAUAUCUCUGGACGCUUGUGCUCCUCGCUUCCUCCUCACAUUUUUGCUUGUUCAGAGAGAGCUUACCACAUGGUUUUCCAAGAGAGAAGACCUCAGUGCUUUAUCUUAAGUGGUGAAAGUGGUUCUGGCAAGACAGAAGCCUGCAGACAUAUAGUAAAACACUUGACCCUCCGGUGUAGUUCCAAGAAAAACUCUCUGCAUUCAAAGAUUAAACAUGUAAAUACAAUACUAGAAGCCUUUGGUCACGCCAGAACAACACUUAACAACUCAUCUAGUCGCUUUAUUAAAUUCCUUGAAUUACAUUUUUGUGAAAAGACGUCAACUUUAUUAGGAGCCAGACUGUACACUUAUAUGCUGGAGAAGAGCCGUCUCAUCAGCCAACCCUCAGGACAGAGCAACUUUCUUAUUUUUUACCUUCUGAUGGAUGGAUUGUCUGCUGAAGAGAAAUAUAACUUAUACCUCAGAAGCACAACUGCACAUAGGUAUCUCAAUCAGACAGUGCCAGCAGAGAUAUUAAGCACACAAAACAGAGAGAAAGUAGCUAACGUCAAACAAGCACUGAAUGCUUUGGGAUUUAACAGCCUUGAAGUUGAAAAUAUUUUCAUGAUCCUCUCAGCCAUUCUGCACAUUGGGGAUAUUCGGUUUACAGCUCUGACUGAUGCUGAAACAGCUUUUGUGUCCGACCUACAGCUUGUGGAACAAGUGGCUGGAAUGCUGCAGAUAUUACCAGAUGAGCUGUCUACUGCCUUAACAACAGAUGUUCAAUAUUUUAAGGGAGAUAUGAUAACUCGCAGACAUUCUAUGGGGACAGCAGAAUUCUACCGGGAUCUACUUGCAAAAUCGCUGUAUUGCCGUCUGUUUAGUUAUUUAGUAAACAAUGCCAAUUUCUACCUCCAAAAUCAAAGCGAACAAUACAGCUAUCCUCACCUCACAAUUGGAAUUCUGGAUAUGUUUGGCUUUGAAGACUUUCAGAGGAAUUCAUAUGAACAGCUAUGCAUUAAUCUGACCAAUGAAAAAAUCCAUCAGUAUAUCAAUGAAGUGCUAUUUCUACAAGAACAAAUUGAAUGUGAACAAGAGGGAGUUUCCAUGGAAACCAUGUAUUGUCCUGGAAACCACACAACAGUGCUAGAUUUUUUCUUCCAGAAACCAUUAGGUUUUCUGUCUGUUCUAGAUGAAGAAAGUCAGUCCAUUCAUCCAAUGGAACAAACCCUUUCCAAACGUCUUCAGUCACUCCUGGAGACAUCAAAUUCAAAUACAGUGUAUACAUCAGCAAAAGAUGGAAAUGGCAAUGUCACAUCCAAGGAACAAGGUCCUGUCUUCACAAUUAUGCAUUAUGCUGGAAGGGUAACCUACGACAUUUCUGGAGCAAUUGAGAAAAAUAAAGAUGUAUUGUCUCAGAAUCUUCUCUUUGCCUUGAAGACGAGUGAAAAUGUGCUAAUCAACCAGAUGUUCCAGUCUAAACUCACACAGACAGGAUCCCUUGUACCACCAUAUCCUCCACUUAAACUUAGAGGACCCAAAGCAGCCUUACUGUUUAAAAAAACAUCAAGCACUUCAAAUGGUGAGACCAAAAGAAUAUUGGAACUCAGUAAGUUGCUAAAAAAGAAAGGUUCAUAUUCAUUUCUCCAGAAGCUGGAAAGAGGAGGGCCGACCACUGUGACAAUACAACUCAGGAAAACUCUCACAGAGCUGAUUGGAAAGAUCCAAGCCAGCACGCUACAUCUCAUGCAUUGCAUCAAGCCUAACAACUCGAGACUAGCUGAAACUUUUGAUACUUUUUAUGUGUCUGCUCAACUGCAAUAUAUUGGUGUUCUGGAGAUGGUUAAGAUAAUACGACAUGGAUACCCAAUACGCCUCUCAUUCCCUGACUUCUUGUCAAGGUAUAAGCACUUAUCAGAAAUCUUAACAAGACAGAAGAAUAAAGCAUCACCUGAAGAGAAAUGCCGACAUGUUCUAGAAAAAUGCAAGCAGCAAGGAUGGCAGAUUGGAGCUCGAAAAGUUUUCUUGAAAUACUGGCAAGCUGAUCAACUUAAUGACAUGUGUGUUCAGCUACAAAGGAAAAUUAUACUUUGCCAGAAAGUUGUGAGAAGGUUUUUAGCCCGUCAACAUCUCUGUCAAAAAAUGAGCAUUAAACAAAGUGAGGAUACUUGUAUUGAAGACUUUCUACUCACUGUGGAGAACCUAGGACAGAAUGCCUACCACUCUCUGGUUAUUCAGAAUGCAUCUGACAUCACCCGUGAGAAAGACAGACUUCGCAUUGAUCCAGAUGUAAAAAAUGAUGACACAACAGGAUCGUCUGUUAAUAAGAAAGACAUUUCUUCCAGGUUCAUUACAUCAAUAAAGUCCCCAGUUACCAAAACCGGGCACCUUGCUCUAGAGCCAAUAAAGUCCGCCAGGUUCAGUACAUCAUUAAAGUCCCCGGUUACCAAAACCGGGCACCUUGCUCUAGAGCCAAUAAGUCCGCCAGCACUACGUCCGCCGCAUCCGCCACGAUGGGGGGGAAGGGAGGAGGGAGAGAGAGAGCAUCCUAUAGUGACCACCAAGACCCCAUCAACCCCAUCCCACCCCACCCUCACUUGGUCAGACGAGCCGGACGGUUCACUUAACUCUUACACUUUGCCCUCCCCCCACCUAUCAACCCCACCUCGGUCUCCAUUAAGUAUUACAUUACCUAUAAAUCCAGCAUCUGGUGCAUCAGCAAGGUCCCUUUCACUACAUACAGUAUUAAGUUUUGAUGAUGGUGGUAAUCUACUGUCACCUCGGAAACAACCUCCUCCAAAACCAAAGAGAAAUCCUACUACAAGAUUAAGUGCGUCAUAUGAAGCUGUUAGUGCGUGUCUUAUAGCAGCUACUAAGGAAAUUGAUAAUGAUGCUUUAUCUCGGCCAAGACCACAUAGCGACGAUUAUAGCACAAUGAAAAAAAUACCACCACCAAAACCAAAGAGAAGUCCUAAUACAAAACUAAGUGGCUCUUAUGAAGAGAUAUGUGUGCACAGCUUAGAAGGAAAACCAUUAAGUAUGUUAAUCAGAAAAAGUCAUCGUGAUUUUGGGACCAUGCAAAGGGCAGCUUCUGUAGAUGGGCCUCACCAAAGUAAUCUAACUUUGUAUAUGUCACGAGAAGAAGAUGAAGAUGAACCCGUAUAUAUUGAGAUGGUUGGAAAUGCCAAGAAGAAAUGUUCCACUGAGGCCAACAGUCCAGAACAGGGAGAAGCGGUCUAUGAAGAAAUGAAAUAUUUCCAUCCUGAUCAAAUUAAUAGCAAUACAGUUACAACUGGGGGUUCACAGAUAUUUUUGCGGAAUAUAAACUUAGCUAAAGUUGAAGGUUACAAUGUCAGUAAAAAGGAGGAUGUGCAGUUCAAGGAACCAUGUGAUAUUCCAGCUCCAUUUCCAAACCUCCUUCCUCAUAGACCUCCCCUUCUGGUGUUUCCCCCAGCUCCAGUAACUUGCUCUCCUGCUUCUGAUGAAUCGCCUUUGACACCACUUGAAGUUAUAAAACUUCCUGUUCUUGACACAAAUAUUAACUAUGCUAUACAGUCUGAAUCUUCCAGUCCUUUAUCGCCUCAGUGUUCAAAACAUCAAAAGGGAGAAAAUGAAAGACCAUCAUCACCAGCUUUAACUGUGUUCAGUGUAUCAAGUAGGAUGUCUCCACCUUCUACUCCCCCAGUACCAACAUCAGCUUCUUACCAGUCCUCAACACACUUUGCUUUUCCCACAGACACCCCAUAUGCAUUGUUAAUUAAUACAGCUAAAAAGACUAUAAAUUCAGAGACACUAAGAUCUUUGUCCAGAUCUAGCCCUGUUUUAACUGAUGGUUCAAGUAGCACAAUGACCAAAUUGCCCUUUUCUUCUCCAGUGAAAAUUGCACGAACAAUACAGAAUAAAUCUCCUUCUUCAUUCACAACCAGUGUCAAUAAUGCAAGUCAAGUUACUAGCCCACUUGAUGAGUUGACUACGUUGUUUAAUUCAGGAAGAAGUCUACUGAGGAAAUCUGCUGCUGGCCGGAAGAUUCGUGAACUUGAAGGUCUUGCGAUAAAUCUGAACACAAGCAGUGCGGAAGAUACUAGAGAGCCAGAUACCCAAGAUGAUAAUGCAAAUAAUCCAGAUAAUCAGCCAUCGAGCACUUUAGCUACCUGUCUACCAUGUGACAAUGGGAACUCUGUAACUAGCGGUCUGACUAGCGAAGAUAUGAAUUGCAAAUAUCGAAGUAAUGCCCAAAACUGUUCCAUACCAAGAAACAAGGAACAUUCCAGUAGUCAGGUUAUUCAUCAGUUAAGAAUGUCAGAGAAUGAGAGUGCGGCAUUGCAAGAGCUAAUGGACUGGAGAAGAAAGCUAUGUGAAGAAGGAGAGGCCUGGCAGAAAGACUUAGCACAGACUGAAAAGACCCCUACUCAGUCUUCUUAG